CGCUGAUCCACAGUCGACCGGAACGUUGACCGGAGGGUUUACUUCCACUGUUUCAGAUCGUUUCUAUGGAACUCGACACAGACCCAGGGAUGAGAGAUCUGGAAUUUUGUUACACGGCAGACCCAAUGCUACCCCGUACCGAGGAGAUGCCAAUGGAUGUGCCAUUGAGAUAUUGCCACCAGGAUCGUACCAUCCACGCAGCCCUACAACAGAUACCCAAUAAGCAUGAUCCAAUACCCACUAUCGACUCAUUCCCACAAUCGCGAUGACGGGACAGGUAUAGGGGCUGGUCCUCGGGAGUCGUUGUCGGGCCUGAAUCCAACUGUCAUCUCAGCAGCAUGAGCAUUUUUAGAACCGGAACCGGCGAAUUCACGAAGGGAGUUGAAUGCUUAGUUCCUCCCUGCAAAGUGCUUUUUGUACCACGAGAGAAAUAUAAAUACGCCGCAGAGGCCGUCCAAUCUAUAGCAGAGGCAUUCAAGCACUAGCCCAUCGCACUUUCGGAAGAAGGAAACGAACAGCAUGGCCAAGGUCUUCAGGAACUACAAAAUCAUCGCGGUGGAGAAGCAGUUGGAACGCCAGAGCAAGAUCCCCAAAGAAUGGCUGCUUCCCUCAGAUCGAUACCGUGGAGUCACAAACCUCAUGCAGGUACCACCAACGUGUGGCAUCUUGAGCGACACCGAGUGCCAUAUCACCUCCGACUUUGACGCCACCGCGCUUCUGGAGAAGCUCAAGGAUGGAGUUUGGUCCGCGGAACAGGUCACGGUCGCCUUCUGCAAGAGGGCAGCCAUUGCUCAUCAGCUGACCAACUGCCUGACCGAGAUUUUCUUCGACAAAGCCAUCGAGCGAGCGCGCACACUUGAUCGCGAACGGCAACAGAAUCCUCAAAAGCCGCUCCGCCCGCUCCACGGCCUCCCAAUCUCGCUCAAAGACAGCUUCCAGGUCGCGGGGUACGAUACGUCGACCGGAUUGGCGUGUUUUGUCAACGAGCCAGCGGACGAGGACAGUGGGACCGCCGCCAUGCUGCUGGAGUUGGGCGCUGUGCUUUACUGCAAGACCAAUCUUCCACAGACCAUCAUGACCGGCGAUAGCGACAACAAUGUCUUCGGCAGGACCUUGAACCCUCGCAACACGGCGUUGACGGCAGGUGGAAGCACCGGCGGCGAGGGCGCCCUUCUUGCCCUUCGGGGUAGCGUGCUUGGUGUCGGUACCGAUAUUGGCGGGAGCAUUCGGAUCCCCUCGCUCUGCAACAGCCUUUAUGGAUUUCGACCCAGUGUCGGCUUGGUGCCACACGGGGGCGUGAGGGACCUCACCACCCCUGGAACGGAUGGGGUGCGCUCGUCGGCGGGCCCCAUGGCGACAUCUCUCCGGGAUGUUGCUCUUUUCCUCAAAACCACCAUGCAGGCGGGAACGUGGCGGUAUGACAGCACUGUGAUCUCUGUGCCGUGGGUGAAUCUCGAGCCCAAGCGAAAGCUUCGGAUAGGCCUCGUCCUGGACGACGGUAUCUACACGCCUUCACCACCGGUUCGACGAGGACUCGAAAAGGCAGCGGAUCUUCUCCGAGCAAACGAGAAUAUCGAGCUUAUUCCUCUUGUCUUGCCCAAUGUCAAAGACCACUAUAUCGACCUGAUCAAGUACUGGACGUUGUUGGGAAGCGAAAACUACCUUGAGCUCUUCGCACGAACGGGCGAGCCCGAAGUUCCUUCAGUCAAAGCCAUUGGCAUCAAUACCUUCCCGGGCACCGACCUCCGCGGGUUCUUCGCCCUCAACGUGCGUCGCCAAGAAGCAGCACGCAACUACCUCAAGCUCUUCCGAGACAACGCCAUCGACGCCAUCUUGAUGCCGCCGGCCCAGCACACCGCCGUGCCCCUGGACAAAUGGACAACGGCCAGUUACACCGGCCUGUGGAAUUAUCUCGACUACCCAGCCGUCGUCAUCCCUGUUGAUACGGUCUGCGAGUCUGACGUCGCGGAUGAGCCCAGCAAUGCGAAAUACGGCGAGGAAGAUGCUCGCAUGUAUAGCCUUUAUACGGGACCCGAAGAUUAUAAAGACGCGCCUAUUUGCGUGCAGCUGGUUGGAUACCGAUAUGCAGAUGAAGCGCUGGCCAACGCAGCCGCCCUCGUAGAUUCGAUCGUUAAUCCGUGACAGAAAUCAAUGGAAAGGGGAAAUUCUCCAGGAUGGGAUAGCUAGUCGACGAGCGGGCUGAAUAGUGUUGAGUAUUGAAGUCGCAUCCACAACACUCGGAGGUUAAUAGGCAGGAAUAGAUCAUGAGAAACACCCAAGUCA